AUGAGCGUAGCACAAGAGACUUCCAACGAUCGAAGCGCUCUUUACACUCUUGCACGCUUUGCACUCUUGCACGCUUUGCAUUCCGUAACUGUAACACGGCCCUUUGGUAUAACUGCCAUCUUCCCUACCUCAUCUUCCUUCACCACCUUGCCUCAUUGGGCGUGGCUGCGAAAAAGGUUGCAACAUUUGACGAACGCGGACUGCACCUCAAUGCAGGAGACUGAUAACCUACGGUGUACUGUGUACGCUAAUCGUCUAAUUCCGCUAGGAUCGUUUAGGAGCAUCACGCAGUUACUAGGUAAGGAAAAUGUGGGUGUGUUUUUUUUUUUGACUUGGUUACCGGAUCAGACCAGAGAGGCAGUCAGUACUGGCAGGCUGGUAGAUAAAAAUCGGAAUCGCCUGAAUAUUUUUUUCUUCUUUGGGCUUUACUUUGAGUUUAUUGUUUGUAUUUGUUUUUUCCAUUGUGUUUGUACUACAUAUAACCCCCUGUUUGGUACGUUAGCAUCAGGUACAACACGUUAG